CAGCGCUCUCCCGACCUGCGCGCCAUCUUGGCUUCGUAUCGCGCGUGAGGCGGGCGCGGUGGAGGCGUGGGCAGCAAGAUUUACAGACAUCACAGCAAACCGGAUGGAACACUACCGGAAAGCUGGCUCUGUGGAGCUCCCAGCGCCUUCCCCGAUGCCCCAGCUACCUCCUAAUACCUUGGACAUGCGAGUCGAAGAUGGCAGCAAAAUCCGCAACCUACUGGAGCUGGCGCUGGGUCAGUUGGAAGGAGGCAGUGCACGCCAUGUGGUCUUCUCAGGUUCUGGACGUGCAACAGGGAAGGCUGUCAGCUGCGCUGAGAUUGUCAAGCGGCGGGUACCGGGCCUGCACCAGCUCACCAAGCUGCGCUUCCUGGAGACUGAGGACAGCUGGGUCCCAGCCUCACCUGACACAGGCCUAGACCCCCUUACGGUGCGCCGCCAUGUGCCUGCGGUAUGGGUACUGCUCAGCAGGGACCCACUGGACCCCAAUGAGUGUGGCUACCAGCCCCCGGGGGCAUCCCCUGGCCUAGGCUCAACUCCCAGCUCCAGCUGUGGCCCCCGACCCCAAAGAAGGGCUCGAGACACCCGGUCCUGAGGACCUGCUUCAGAGUCCUGUCCUCCAGACCUGAGUGUCUGGGAUUACUGUGUGGAGCCCUGUUCUCCAGACUCGAGUGUCUGGGAUGACUGUGCUUUCUUCGAUGAGCCCCUCUAACUGCUCAACAUCUCCAGCAAGGCUUGAAUCCACAGAAGUGGGCCUUGCUGUCCUGCUUUCCCUUUCCCCUGGCAUAGCGGGGAGGGGGAAGAGAUUGCUGUGAAGAGUGACAGGUGUGGGGUCUUUGCUGGGUCCAGGAUUGCUUAAGAAGGGCUCACUGUGCCUUCCAGCUACAGUGCCUCUGGUCUGCGUUCUGAACAGAGGUCCAGUGAAUGAGUUAGGAAAUAAAAAUUCUGCCUAUUUGUCUGAUGAGCCUCUGCAUCGGCCUGUUGUGUGGAGGUGGGAUUAGGGGAAUGAGAGUCCCUGUCCCUGCCUUACUCCUGCCCUGUGAGUGUCAUUGGCUCACCAUUGGGUCCCCACAGCUUUCGGACCAGGCUCCCUUGGAGAUGAUUGAUCUUUAGUUCAGCAUCCCAUUCUGAUCCAGUCUGGUGUGGCCGGGGUGGUGGAUCACAUGAAAUAAGCAUGGUAACCUCCUCCAAAGAGUGAUUCAGUAAGGUGGGCAUUGCAAGUUCUGGGAGUCCCACCCCAGGGGGUGGGGGGCUCCCAAUUAGCUAACCCAUUAUUGAGGUACCACUUGGUCUCCAGAAUGAUACAGGGAUAGUGUGGAAGGAAACUGGGCUGGGGUUAAAAAUCCCUUGGGAAGACCAGAAUCUGUAGCUCUGAGAAUCAGGAAAUAGGGGAUGUGGCUGGCGAUUCUGGGGCCUUUUCCCUCCCCCUUGGCUUCCACAGAAU